AGACGGCGAAGAACUUGAACUGACUGCACCGACACUCCCAACUUGGUCUUCAUUGAAAACUUUGAAGAAGUUUCUGAAAGUGGCGCCGCGCUUCCGCCUAACAUGUGCCUGCCUCUCCACUGUGUGGAUAGAAACGUGAUUGGGUAUUUCACAGUUUAAAAAGGCUCAGAGAAGGAGGGAGCAAGGGACAGAACGCGCCCAGAGACACGAGAGAGAAGAAGCGGGAGUGAGACGAGAGACGGCGAGAGGCGGAGAGAGAAGGGAGAACGGGGGAGAGACGGAGCGCAAUCGGCUCAUCCAGUGGCCGCUCUCCGACGCUCGGUCGCGGCUCCAGGACGGAGCAUGACUUCCCCGCUGUCGCUGCUUCUCUGGCUGCGCUGUUCCGUGCUGGCGACCGGGUUCCUCGUCUUUGCCCCGGACUCCGGGACGCGGCCCGAGUCGGUGCAAUUUAAAGCCGAGCUCGCCCGUUCCUUGCGCACUGUCAGCCCUCGGUUCCUGUCGGUGGCUCUGGACGCCUCUCUCCUCCGGCAAAAGGGCCUGGAUUUACUCCGAUCACAGAAACUAAUCACUUUAGCAAAAGCCCUGUCACCUGGUUACCUGAGAUUCGGUGGAACUGGAGCGGACUUUAUUGUAUUUGAACAAAAUGAUCGUCCAUUUUCAUCACAUGAAAACAGCUGCAUGUCUCCAAAAACACAAGAUGACUGUCUAAGUCUUCUUCCUUUAAAACUGGAAAAUAUGCUGGUGCAUAAAUGGAGGAUGCAAGCACCCCACCUGCUGAAAAAUGAAUUCAACAAGGACUUACAGAACAUUACAAUCACAGGAGAAUCCUUGGACAUCCUGUACACUUUUGCACAUUGCUCUGGGCUUCAUUUGAUAUUUGGUCUUAAUGCCUUAUUGAGGAAAGAUCAUGAGUGGGACAGUUCAAAUGCUCAAAAGCUCCUUCAGUACUGUGCAUCAAAACAAUAUAACAUGUCCUGGGAACUUGGCAAUGAACCCAACAGUUUCAGACACAAAGUGGGUAUAAAGGUUCCAGGCACCCAGCUUGGAAAGGACUUCCAGCAGCUGUACAGUCUGCUGCACACAUUCAGGACAUUCAACCACACAAAGCUGUACGGGCCUGACAUUGGGCAACCUCGGAGACGUCGGAUUGUGACCAUGCUGAAAGGGUUUCUUCAGACGGGAGGGGAUGUUCUUGAUGCAGUCACGUGGCACCAUUAUUAUGUGAAUGGGAGGAAUGCAACACCUGAGGAAUUCCUGAGCCCCAAGGUGUUGGAUAGUCUUGUGUGCAGAAUUAAACAAAUUCUUAAGGUUGUGGCUAAAACAGUUCCUGGUAAGAAGGUGUGGUUGGGUGAGACCAGUUCAGCAUAUGGAGGAGGAGCUCCUGAUUUAUCAAAUACAUUCAUAGCUGGUUUUAUGUGGUUGGACAAACUUGGGCUGUCUGCUAAAAUGGGCAUUGACGUUGUCAUCAGACAGGUUUUGGUUGGUGCCGCCUACUACCAGCUGGUGGAUUGGAGCCUUGACCCUUUGCCUGAUUACUGGCUUUCCCUAAUUUAUAAACAACUGGUAGGCACUAAGGUGCUGAAUGUGUCUACAGCAGACAGUGAUAAAGGAAAUGAGGGAACCCUGCGCGUGUACAUGCAUUGUACCAACCCCACUAGCGAAAUCUAUCGGAAGGGAGCUGUGACAAUGUUUGCUUUAAACUUGAGCACCCAAGACAAGGAGAUCGGUCUGUUCGACCCGUUCAAUAACAUUAUUCAGUUCUUGCUGCAACCUGGUGACAUCGAGGAAGGAUUACAUUCACAAUCUGUUAAACUCAACGGUCAGCUACUCAAGAUGGUGGAUCACAAGACCUUGCCUGUUAUCAAGGGGGAAGCACUACCGGCAGGACAUCCAAUCAUUGUCCCUGCACAUACGUAUGCAUUCUAUGUGGUUCAAGAUGCCAAUGCACCAGCAUGUCUAUGAAACAACAUCAACAUAAUGGCACAAAAAGCAUUGGCUUUGACGUUCUCAUGGUUCACUAAUUUAUACAAUACCUCAUGGAAUUUGCAAAAUGUGUAAUUUAAAA